CAAUUCACAUAAACACAAUGUGUUGAUAAAUAUUUUAUAUUUUUUAAAUAAUAAUUUAUAUAUUGUGUCAUUAAAAAACAUUAUUCAACAAGAAGAAAAAACAAUAAUAAAAAAACAACUGUGACAACAAGUAAACCAAGUUAUUAAAAUGGAAGCUUUUGUAAAAUUAAUCCAAAAAAGAUGUAUUCAUACAUGCAAAGUUAAUUUAAGCAAUAAAAUGCCAUCAAAUUUAAAAGGCAAGAGUGCAAGUUCCCAAAGAUGGUUAACACGUCAAUUACAAGAUCCAUAUGUUGAAAAAGCCCGACAAGAAAAUUAUCGUUGUCGUAGUGCAUUUAAAUUAAUUGAAAUAAAUGAUAGAUUUCAAAUAUUUAAACCAGGACAAAUUGUUGUUGAUUGUGGUGCUGCACCAGGUAGUUGGACUCAAGUUGCUGUUAAAAAAACAAAUUCAGAUGGUAAAAUAAAUAAUGAACUAAUUGGAAAAGUAUUUGCAAUUGAUAGAUUACCAAUUCAUCAUAUUGAUGGUGCAACUAUUCUUGGUAAUCAUGAUUUUACCAAAAAAACAUCACAAAAAGAAUUAGCAAAGCUAUUAGACGGUUCACUUGUUGAUGUUGUUUUAUCAGACAUGGCACCAAAUGCAACUGGUGUUAGAUCAAUGGAUCAUGAACUAAUCAUUAAUUUAGCAUAUGCUGCAUUAAAAUUUGCCAUACAAGUAUCAACAAUUAAUGCAACACUUAUUGUUAAACUUUGGGAUGGUGGUGAGGCACAACAAUUUGAAAAAGAUACUGCUAAAUUUUAUAAAACAAUUAAAAUUGUUAGACCAGGUGCAACAAGAGAUGAAUCAACUGAAAAAUUUAUUCUUGCACGUGGUUUUAAUGGAAUUCAAAGAUAAUAAAUUUUUUUUUAAUUUGUACAUAGUAAAAUAAACAAACAAAGGUAAAUAAAUUUAAUAAACAUUAAUUUUUUAAUUUAUAAUCUCAUCUUUUUCAUUUAAUUUUUGUUUUACGUUCAAAAAUUUUAUAUAAUUAUUUUUUGACAUGCACACAUUUACAUCAAUCUAAUUAUUAUAUAUUUUCGUUUAUUUCAAUUCGAUGUUUUUUUUUUUAGCGUUAAAUAAUACAACGAUUUAUAAUCGACACAAUUACUAUUAUUUUUCUUUCGACAGACAAUAUUUUUAUAAUGUUUUUUUUGUUGUUAAAUAGUUUUUAUUGUUGUUAAAUAUUGAGAUUUAACUUAGCUUAUAUAUUCGGUAAUACAUGGUAUUUUGUUUUGUUUAAAUUAAUUUAUUAAAUAUAUACAAUUAAUUAGUUAAUUACUAUGGAUAAUUAAUUUAUUUAUUUACACAAAUUGACAGACAAUCGGAUAUGUUUAAUGACAUAUUUAAAUACUAUUAAAAUUGAUGGGAAUAAGAAGACUUGUAACAUGAUGAAAUGAUGAUUUGUUAUUUACUAAUUUAAUAUAUUUAUUAUUAUUUUUUCUUCAAUCGAAAUUAUCAAGUUAUUGGCCGCAAUGUCAAAUUAAUAAUUCAUAUUUUUUAAUUAUUAUUAAUACGUGAAUAUAAUAAUAAUAUUAGAUGCAAAAUUUUGUUUGACUCAUUUUGCAAUUUAGGCAAAUCAUCAUUUAAAAUUACAAGCUGAUUUUAACAGUUAACACAUUUAACGAUUAAUACAUAUUUGACUUUUUUUAAAUUAAUUUUAAAUUUUUAUUAUAAAUUUAUUAAAUGUUUUUAAAUAUUAAUUUAUAGUAUUUUUUUUUAUUAUUUUAUCAUGAAAAAUCGUCUGUAUAAAUCAGUCGUUCUAUUGUUUUUUUUUUUUUUUUAAAAAACAAAAAACAAUUGUUGCACUUGGCCUUUUUAUCUCAAAUCUGAAACAUUUAAUUUACACCUGAUUAAUUACAAACAGGUUGAAAAAUUUGUAUAAAAAAUCAUCGAGCUUUUUAAUUAUUUUUACCACAUCUAUUAAUCUCAAAUAUUCAAAUUAGCUGAUGCAUCAGUCUUGAGUGUGCGUGCUAGAUAAACAAUCUAUCUAUUUUUUUUUUUUUUUUCGUUAUUUUUUUAAGUAUAAAUUUUUUUUGUGCUGCACCAGCGCUUAAUUUACGUUUGGCUUUUAUUUAAAUAACAAAUUGAAAAAAAAAAAAAUUAAG